CAUGGUUACAGAGUUAGUAUGAGCUACUUAGCUAAGACUGCGAGGAAAACUUGCUUUUUUGUUUUUUGCUGAGCUAACGCUACCUAUAAGUUAUUUUCUGUUUUCACCCACAAGCAAUAGAAACUUAGCCAACAAGCCACCCAUUCUGGUUUAGUAGCGGGAAAACUGACAGCUCGGGUGAAGAUGAGGGUUGUGACUUCACCCAGCGGCCAAGAAGAAACUGUGACCGUCAGACGAAGUGAAUCAGCGGAUGCUCAGGGCAUUGACCGCCUCGUCAGCCCCUCGGCUCUGGCGGUCUUUGGAAGGGUCAACGUAAUUCACCUUCUAGAAAAAGCCAAUCUGGCCGUGACUCUAGCCAAUGAAAAGGACGAGGUUCUGGCCCACGCUUCCUUCUUUGAUUACCCUGCCGGAGACGUGGUUGAUCAGACUCACUGGGAACCUUUUCUGCAGAAACACUUCAGAGCUGACAAAUGCACACCCAUCAACACACUCUUCCUACACCUUUUUGUGGCACUGCCGGAUUUCGCCAUAGCAAGUGUAAAGGAGAUAAUGAGAGCUGUCUUUAAUGCAGUCACGGAGCUUGAAUACACUUGCCUGGUCUGCCCAAACGCUGGUGAUUUAGAGCCUGCACUGGAGGAGGUGUUUGAACCCCUGCAGCACCUGACUGAGCCCGGGCCCCAGUGCUUAGCCUUCAUCUGCCACAGACAAGAGCUCUGCCCAAGGAUUCACAUCCGCCCAGCCAGGGUUGAAGAUCAUGACGACAUCAUGCGCAUAUUUGCAGAGCACACAAAACUGCUGGAAACUACAGAACUAGCGGACCAGCUGUACUUCCUUUCAGAGCUGAUUGAGGCACAGAAUGAGGAAAAUCACUCUGCUGUUUGUGAGAGUGACGGAGUCGCCGUUGGCUUCAUCAGCGUCACUUCUGAUGUCGACUUGAAACAACUGUGUGGCUUUGAGUUGACUGAGUUUGAUGUUUUGUACAAACAAAUAAAAGACUACGAGCCUGCUGCUCAGGCCGACUCAGAAGACGAAGGGAGAAAAAUCCAAAUGUCAGGUUCACAGCAGCAGGAGGAGACACAGCCAGCCAGAAGAGGACAUUUUUCAGAGAAAUCCAACGUUUUCUGUAUUCAGUUCUUUGUCAUUGACAAGAAUUAUGAAAUGAGAUCAGCGGACUUUAUUCCAUAUGUAUUCAAACUUUUCCCUAAGCAGGACGUCUGCGUCAUUAAUGUACCAACGCUGUCCUCCGAGCUCCAGUUGCUGCAGAGCUUCAUCAGGGUGCCGCACCGCGUCACCAGCUCGCUGCCUCGUGAACUCUACAUCCUCCACCGCUCCGGCCUCAGGAGCAGGGGGGUGGAAGUGAGGCCGGCUGUGGCUGCAGACCGGCUGGCUGUCUCUAAUCUGGUGAGGGGUCUGAGACUGAACGAGUCCCUGCUGCAGGACCUGGACCACUUCUAUGAUGCAGGCAGAGACCUGGACGGCUGGCCGCUGCAGGCCUUCGUGGCCCACGUGCACAGUCAGGUUGUGGGGAUACUGAUCCUGAGAGAUGAGAAGGACAUGGAAUACAUUCGUGCCCACUACAACAUUGAGAACUUCAUCUACUUCAGCCAUCACCGCUAUGAGGAGCACGCUCAGAUACGCCACUUUGUCCUCAAGCCCUCCUUCCAGCACUUCACCAAACACUUGUUUAAGGAGGUCCUCCGACUGGCUCACAAAUCCUGCCUGUACCACAGGGUCUACCCGCCCCACCACAGCCAGGAGAAUUCCUGCGUCUACCAUCUGGAUUUUGUCCUCAACUGCGCUGUCCCCGUCCGCCCACGGCGCCAGAUCAUCUACCCGCUGGAGGAGCUUGGCAUCAACGCUCCCUCCAGGCAGAUCAUGGAGGACCAGGCGCCGUUUGCUCUCAGCCUCAUCAGCAGGAAGUUGACCAUGGAGCCAAAGGUGGCCGUUAACGCCAGGAUUGUGGUGGUGGGGGCGUCAGACACAGCUUUGUCUCUCCUUGAGGUGCUUUGUUUGUGCCCUCACCUGAGGUUCAACAACCUGACUCUCGUCUCUACACACGGUUUCCCCAGCGACUGCAGCCACGAGGACGUUGGAUUUCUGUCCACAAGUCAUGCAUACAGCAGCAGAGACUUGGCCCGACUGCCUCUGCGUUCCUGCGUCGCCGUGGUGACUGGGAAGAUGGUGGGCAUCAACAGGAAGUCCAAAUACGUCCUUGUGUCUGGUGGGGGGAAGGUGCCUUACGAUCACCUCAUCCUGUGCACGGGCCUGCAGUAUCGGGUUCCCUGUCCCACUGGUGUGGAUGUGAGCCAGCCGGUCACAAACAGCCAGCUGCAGGCUCAGUCUGCUCACCGCAGAUACGCCGGGCCCGUCCCGUCCAACCUCUUCACCCUCAACGACCUCGAUGACUGCAUGGCCGCCCGCCACUGGCUGCAUGCCAACUUUGUGGAGCUGGAGGAUGAUGCUGUCGUCUAUGGAAACAGCAUCGAUGUCUUCACCACCGUGGAGACUUUACUCAGCCUUGGUGUUAGGGGACAUCGUAUCCAUCUCGUCCUCCCACCUCCCGAUCCCAGCGUCUCCUGCUUCAGCAGCCCUGUAGUCGAGAAGGCUGUGGCGAUGGCCAUGGAGAAAGCCGAGGUCCAGCUCCACCAUAACUGCCUGCUGGCCCAGAUGAACAAUGGAGAUGAACAGCCUGAUCCUCUCACAUGUGUGUCGUUCACCACUGACGCAGAGCCUCUCCAUCUGCAGUGUGGGGUGUUCAUUAACCUUUCCAAUAAAGGAGUCGACUAUGACGCCUUCACGAGCAUCAACAACUCCUUCCUGGUCUUUGAUAGCAGACUUGUCAUAAAUGCCACUUUUCAAACCAGCGAUGCAGCCGUUUCUGGUGCUGGACCUCUCACCAAAUUCUCCCGCAUGUACCACUCAGACGAGUGGUCGCACGCCAACUUUAACUCCAAAGAAGUGGGCCAGGACCUGGCGGCCAUGUUGCUGGCCCUCUUCGACCCGACGCAGCAGCCUGCACACGAUCCUCCACCUGAGACGCAUCAUCUUGUACCGCUGUACAAACAAGCCAAGAUUCAAGGUGGGAAGCUGCCUGGAGGCUACAACUACCUGCACGUUGCCAAACCGUCUGCAGCCAACCGGACAGGCCCUCCUGUUAAGCAUUUAGAGGACAGUGGUAUCGUGACCGGACGAGUGGAGACAGGGAACUACUUCUGUUUACAUCUCGACUGCUAUGAGCUGGUGAAGGCCCUCACCUGUUUCUCCCUGAAGCCCCUCCCCGUCUCCAAUUACCUGAGUCUGUACGGGAAACACCAGGAGCUGCUGGGCCAGCUGUUGACCCGCUACCACCAGGGCCUGAUCCAUGACCUGUACAGUUUCUUCAGACAGAGCUGGUGUUUGGCCGUUUAUCACGACAGGUUCUCCGACUUCGAGCAGGAGCUUCAGCAGAUCGCCUCCACUACAGACGAUGAGCCGAGGCAGCAGGCGAUGGAGGACGACUCGAGCGUCCUCCCUCAGGACAGAUUCAAAGAGGCUCUGAGGAGCAGCGCUGUGAAAUAUCUGACCUACAACCGUAACCUGCUUCCCAUGUUCGCCUACCCGGGACAGCUGUGACAUCAUAGGUGUCAUCACCAUGUUGACGUCAGUGACAUCAGCCUGUUAGUCCUGUUAAGUGUGUUUAAACCAUUUUAAAAUCUGUAAAAAUGUGCUGUGAAGUUCUCUUGUAAGCAGACAUGCCUACAUUCACAGUUUCUCACCAGAACCUUGACUGCACUUCUUUCCUCAUAAAAUAUUUGGUUAGUUAACUUGAUUAGCUUGG